AAUCCCUCUGUGUAUGUUAUUUUUGCUGUUUGGCAGGAUUUAGGUUGAAUCCCUCUUAAUUUCUGCUCAAAUCUUGAUGCGAACAGCCCCAUAUCCAAGUUUAGUGUGCAAAUCGCAAUUCCAUUCGAUCGGCUUUAGCAAUGCCGAAUGCCUGGAAGAAGGAGAAGUCUCCUUUUUUCUUCUCCUUACGAGGCAUCUUCCUCCUGUCCGUCAUCCUCCUCUUAUUCCUCAUCAUAAUCUUUCUCCGUCCCCUCUCCUCCCAAAACGCUAACCCGAUCUCCCUUCAGCUCCAAACCCCCCCAGUCCUAAACCUCCCCACCGGCCUAACUCUUCUUCCCUUUGACUGCUCCGCUUCUCCCCAAGCAACCCCUGUCUUUGCAGCUCGCGUAGAGGGCCUUCAUUACCCUUUCCUCUACUCCCUGGCCGAUUUCGGAUCCCUCCCCGACAAACCGCACAAAAACAUCAUCCGUAUGCUUAAAGGCAAGCCUUUUAGACGCCCGGACAUCUCUUCUACCAUCCAGGAGUUUCUCCGUGGGUCUAAGCCCGCCGAUGGGAUUGUCAUUGAUGUCGGAGCUAACGUCGGGAUGGCGGCAUUUGCAGCAGCCGCCAUGGGAUUUAGGGUGGUGGCGAUUGAGCCGGUGUUUGAGAACCUGCAGCGGAUCUGCGAUGGAGUGUUUUUGAAUAGAUUUUGGGAUCGAGUGGUGAUAUUCGAGGCAGCUGCUUCAGAUCGGAUGGGGAACAUCACGUUGCACAAGCUCGUCGGCCGCCUCGACAACAGUGCCAUCUCUGCAACUGGCGCCAAAUUAGCUUUCAAAUCCAUGGAAGAGAUUGCCGUUGAAGUCAAGACGAUCCCAUUAGAUAAUGUUAUUCCUGAUAAUGAGAAAGUUAUACUGAUGAAAAUUGAUGUUCAAGGGUGGGAGCUCCAUGUUCUUGAAGGAGCGAUCAAGUUACUAUCAAGAAGAAAAGGUGAAGCUCCAUAUCUCAUAUAUGAGGAAGAUGAGCGGCUGUUAGCGGCUAGUAACAGCAGCAGAAAGGAGAUCAGGGAAUUCCUCGAAAGUUUUGGUUAUAGUCACUGCACCCAGCAUGGAACAGACGCUCAUUGCUCCAAAAACUAGUAAUAAAAUCUCAAAUGCUGGGUUUUGAUGCCUGGGAUUUGAGUGCGAGGAGAUGAAAUGAUAAAAUGAUUGUUGAUUUAUAAUCAAUCAACAUAUUGGAACUGUCAUUUUAUUUCAUUUCCUUCACUUUUCUUCUAUCCAAGCAAAGCUGAGAUGAUUGAGUUGAAGUUGCAGCAGUUGAUUGUAGCAGAAUAGCGCCUGUAAAAUACUGAUAAAAACUGUUGUUUUCCCUCUCUGGAGAAAUAGCUUUACUGUGUAAAAUUGAAUAGUGACGUGAAAUUUAGUUGGUUUUGGAUUACAACAUCCAUCAAAUUUUGAGACUGGCAUCCAUUGUUAUAGUUUAUGUGAUUACUGUCUUGUUUUCUUUCUGUUGUUUGGCCUAAAUCCCUGUUAUUGAU